AUGUCGGAGAAGAGAGACGGAGCGGCACCUCCUCCUACUCGAAAACAAUGGGACAAAGAUGAAUGGGCCGCCAAGGCGAAAGAGAAAGAUGAAGAGGCUAUUGAGAAAGCUAAAUCUGCCGAGGCUGCUCUGGCUAAAGGUUUAAAACCAAAAUUUAAAGAUAAAGAAGAUCUUCCUAAACCUACGAAAAACAUGCAACAGCGAACUGAAGAUGUGGGUCUCAACAAAGAUCUCAACAAAACAAUGUUAGUUCAAACUACAUCAACUGGUAAAGGUCCCAAAGGUCCAGGAUUUUACUGUGAUCUAUGUAAUAGAACUUUGAAAGAUAGUUUAUCUUAUCUUGAUCAUUUGAACGGUAGAAUGCAUCUUUUACAUUUAGGUCAAUCUACCAAAGUAUCACGUUCGACACUUGCUCAAGUUCGAGAAAAGAUAAGACAAUUAAGGGAAGAAUCAUCUAGUAGAGUUACCGCCAAGAAUUUCGAUUUUAACGCACGUUUGGAACAAGUUCGUAACGAUGGAUUGGAGGAGAAGGAGAGACGAAAAGAAGAAAGGAAAAGGAAACGUGAAGAGAAGAAAGAAGAAGAGAUGUUGAGUAAAAUGGGUGUGUUGGGAAAGAAAAAUAAAAAAGAUGAGGAGGUCGAAAAGGCUCAAAAGGAUAAUGAAGAUAUUACUACCAUGAUGGGUUUUGGGGGUUUUGGAGGUGUGAAAAAGAGAUGA